AUGAGAAUAUUCUUUUAUGCUCUGAAACAUACCUUGCUUGGUCUCUGUUUUCCCCAUCAGGGAGCAGAAAGAAAAAUCCGAGAUGAAGAGAGAAAGCAGAAUAGGAAGAAAGGGAAGGGCCAGGCCUCCCAAACCCAGUGCAACAACUCCUCUGACGGGAAGCUGGCCGCCAUACCUUUACAGAAGAAAAGUGACAUCACGUACUUCAAAACCAUGCCUGACCUGCACUCGCAGCCCGUGCUCUUCAUACCAGAUGUUCACUUUGCCAACCUGCAGAGGACUGGACAGGUGUAUUACAACACAGAUGACAAACGAGAAGGCAGCAGCGUCCUUGUUAAACGGAUGUUCAGGCCCAUGGAAGAGGAGUUUGGUCCGACACCGUCUAAGCAGAUUAAAGAAGAAAACGUAAAGCGAGUGCUUUUGUACGUGCGGAAGGAGAGUGAUGAUGUGUUCGACACCCUGAUGCUGAGAUCGCCCACAGUGAAGGGCCUGAUGGAAGCGCUGUCUGAGAAGUAUGGGCUGCCAGUGGAGAAAAUCACAAAGCUUUAUCAGAAGAGCAAAAAUGGCAUCCUGGUGAACAUGGAUGACAACAUCAUUGAACACUAUUCAAAUGAGGACACCUUCAUCCUCAACAUGGAGAGCAUGGUGGAAGGCUUCAAGAUCACGCUUAUGGAGAUCUGA